CCGCUACUCCUCCAGGUAGGAGAGGUCCAGAGCUGCCCCAGCGCUCCUGAAAAGCAGGAAGGAGAGCGGAGAAGGUCACUGCUGUCUCUCUGCUGCCUUGCCUGCCUGCUUGUGCCCAGAGGUGGAGGGGAUACCUGAUGCACCCUGUGGGGGCUGGCAGCACAGGACACCACGGUCCAUGCAGGGAUCUGGAGUCAGACCAAGGACAAAGGACUCUCUAAUGGUUCCAAGGGGAAGGAUACACCCAGCUGUGAGCAUCUCUGGCUGAGGAGCUUGUAAAACCGGAUGGGAAAGCUUCAGUCCUGCAGGGGUGGCUGCUGCAGGAAGAGAAACAGAGAAGCAAAGACUUCCAGCAAGGAAACACAAAUGCACAAGCAAUGAACAGGCAGCAGGAAAGCUGCAGGUCUCCUUGGCCACCUGGAGAGGCACAGAAAUCUGAACUUGCAGAUCUGCUUCACUCACAGGCCGGAGAACACAGCCAGGGACGUGACAGCAGAGAGCAGCCAGCAAAGACAUCUGUGUAUCAAGGUCCCUUUGCAUCACUGAUACCCAGGAGCCCUGGAAGCCUCUCGUUCCCCUUUCUCCUGCUUUCACCUCCUGCUGUAGCUGAGCUGCUGAGAUAAUGGAGCUCAGAACUGUGGUGUCCACGUUGGAAAGCGGGGAGCAAGACACAGUUCUCAAGGUGCUUCAGGUCUACAACCAGGAGAAGGCUCAGUGCUUCACCUUUGAUGAUGAGGAGCGGGAAGAGAGGAAGAAAAUGGCCCAGCUGCUGAUCAAGUUUCUGGAGAGAGAGCUGCAGCCAUCCUGCCAGGUCACCUGCUUGGAGAGCAUCCGCAUCCUGUCCCGGGACAAGCACUGCCUCGACCCUUUCACCACCAAGGAGGGCCUGAAGACCCUCUCCAGGCACGCUGGCAUCGAUUACUCGGAGGAGCUCAUCCGGGAGGUGCCAGACUUGGACGUCAUCCUGGAGUCCCUCAAAUGUCUCUGCAACGUCGUCUUCAGCAGCCCCCGGGCGCAGGAGCUGACGGCGGAGGCGCGGCUGGUGGUGGGCCUGGCGCGGCGCGUCAAGCUGUACAACGAGAGGAGCCUGCCACACGAGGUCAAGUUCUUCGACCUGCGCCUGCUCUUCCUGCUGACGGCGCUCAGGGUGGACAUCCGGCAGCAGCUGGCCCAGGAGCUCCGCGGCAUCAGCCUGAUGACAGACACCCUGGAGCUGACCCUCGGCGUCAAGUGGAUGGACCCCUACGAAGUUGCCACCGAGGAGGGACUUCUCCCACCGCUGCCUCGGCAGGAGACGGAGCGAGCCAUGGAGAUCCUGAAAGUGCUCUUCAACAUCACCUUUGACUCCAGCAAGAGGGAGGUGGAUGAGGAAGAUGCUGCUUUGUACCGACACUUAGGUGCCCUCCUGCGCCACUGCCUCAUGAUCUCUGCUGAUGGAGAAGACCGGACAGAGGAGUUCCACAGUCACACUGUGAACCUUCUGGGCAACAUGCCUCUGAAAUGUCUGGAUGUCCUCCUGACCCCCAAAGUCCGCCCAGGCUCCUUGGAGUACAUGGGGGUCAACAUGGAUGCAGUCAGCAUCCUGCUGGACUUCCUCGAGCGACGGCUGGACAGGGGACACAAGCUGAAGGAGAGCUUGACCCCUGUGCUGAAUCUGCUGACGGAGAGCGCCCGAGUCCACCGCCAGACCAGGAAGUUUCUGAAGGCAAAGGUGCUGCCUCCGCUGCGGGACGUGCGGAACCGGCCCGAGGUGGGCAGCUCCCUGCGGAACAAGCUGGUGCGCCUGAUGACUCACAUCGACACCGACGUCAAGCACUGCGCCGCCGAGUUCCUCUUCGUGCUCUGCAAGGAGAGCGUGUCACGCUUUGUCAAGUACACAGGCUACGGGAACGCUGCCGGGCUGCUGGCUGCCCGUGGCCUCAUGGCCGGCGGGCGGGAGGAGGGCGAAUACUCAGAAGAUGAAGACACAGACACCGAGGAGUACAAGGAGGCAAAGCCCAACAUUAACCCUGUGACUGGACGUGUCGAGGAGAAGCUGCCCAACCCCAUGGAGGGGAUGACUGAAGAGCAGAAGGAAUAUGAAGCCAUGAAGUUGGUCAACAUGUUUGACAAACUGUCCAGAGAGCAGGUCAUCCAGCCCAUGGGCAUCACGCCCAGCGGCAACCUGGCGCCCAUGGAGAAUGCCAUCCGCGACAUGGCUGACGAGAGGGACUCCUCCGACUCGGACCUGGGGCUGGACUGACCCCCACCCCUCACCCCAGCCUCACGGAGCUGGGCAGCCUCUGCCUGCCCUCCCUCCAGAGCUGGUGCUGCACCAGAGGCUGGUGCUGGGCCAGGAUUCUCCCUAUGGGAUCUGGAUCCAGCCUGGGCCCCUCACCGUCCACCACAAGGCACACCUCCUGCCUCCUUCCCAGCUCCAUCACACCUCUCCUUCCAGAGGUCUUCAUGGCCUGGCUCCACUUCAAUCUCUCCUGUCAGCACCUGUGAGGAUUCCACACUCCAAACUGCUUCCAGGAUGCUCCAGUAGGACUUUCUGUUUUAAAAUGCAGGAUGUUUGGGAAGAGGGAGCUCGGGGCUGGGGAGGGUCUUUGUCACAGCACUGAGGUUCAGCAGAGCAGCUCACGUCUGUGCCAGUGCUUGUGUAUGGCCCUGUGUGGUGGGAGCCACUCCCAGUAGAGCCGGCAGGACAGGGAGGCUGCAGUGGGGUGUGAGGGGCUGCUCCUGAGGGCCAGUGUCUGCAGAGUGUCCCAGCAGCAGUGUGCUGGGGGCUCAAGUGUGUCCUGGGGGGGAGGGGUGAGCAAAGCUUUGGUGUGCAUCUUCAUGCCAGCAGCGGGAGAGGAGCGUGCAGGGGACUGCCAGGCACACUCCCAUUUGGCCUCUGGCUCUGGGCAGUUGCCACAGUUCAGGUGUUGGCGUUGGCCUUUCUCCAUCUCUCACUUCCCAAAGGAAAAGCCAAAUCCUGUCUCUCCUGCUGCCUCCUCUGCUCAUCCCUACAAGCCACUGCUGUCUGCUCCCAGGGUGAUGCUGGUCCUGUCCCUUGCUCUGGCUUCCAUUUGUUGUGGUGGUUUGGAUUGGUUUGGUUUUUUUUUUUUCUGUUUUAUUUUGUUCUUUUUAAAGAAAAUGGUUUUAAAGAAAAAAAAAAUCCAGUUUGUCUCAUGUACCAGAAUUCCAAAGCUUCCUGUCACAAGUAGGGAUGCAGAAGUGAUGUUAGAAUAAAGAAAACCUGACAGAU